CUUGAGUCUUUUGGGACAAAGACGUGGGGUACGAGAGGAGGAAACAUGCACACAGAGAAGGCUGCAAUCAGUCAAGGGUGCAGAGGUGUUACACAAAAUCACUCUUCAGGGAACCGGGCCUCCAGCCCACGCCCUAGCAGCUCCCCUUCUCCUCUGAAUUUACUGUCCCUUCUCUAGAACUCCUAAGCCUGACCCCGCUCCCUGGCCCUCCCAGCCCACGAUUCCCCUGACCCCACUCCCUUUCCCAGAACUCAGUCGUCUGAGCCCCCAGCCUGCGGUUCUGUCCUAGGCCUCAGCCUUUCCUGCCUUCGACUGAAACAGCAGCAUCUUCUAAGCCCUGGGGGCUUCCCCAGGCCCCAGCCCCGGCCUAGAACCCGCCCGCCGCCUGCCACGCUGCCACUGCCGCUUCCUCUAUAAAGGGACCCAGGCGUCCGGGCCAAGGGGCCCCCGCACAGCAGGUGAGACUCUCCCAGCCCAUCUCCUCAGGCUGCUGGGGCGGUGGACUCCUUCCCCGGGGGCGUUCAGUCCCUCCUCUCACACCCCAGCCCCUCCUGCACCUGCAGCUAGGGCCAGGGCCUUGGUGGGGCUGGUUUUGGUUGGUUCCCCUCUCUCUGACUCCAUCUGUCAGUCUCUUUCUCUCUGUCUGUGUCUCAGGUCCUGAGCCCUUUCUGUUCCCCUCCUAUCUGUCUCUCUGUCUCCCCCUGCUCACCUCGGGGUUUCCCUGAUUGCAUCUCGUCCCCUUCUCUGUCUGUCGCGCCGUGGGUCUCUCAGGGUGGCUGUCUCCACCGGCAGGAGGCCCGUCUUCCUCAUCGCGCCCCGCCCCGCUCACUGUCUCUCUCCCUGCAGGUUCUCCCCAUGACACCACCUGGACGUCUCUGCCUCCUGAGGGUGUGCAGCACCCCAUCCCUCCUCCUCCUCCUGGGGCUGCUGCUGGCCCUGCCGCUGGAGGCCCAGGGGCUCCGUGGCGUUGGCCUCACACCCUCAGCUGCAGAGCCUGCCCAUCAGCAACUCCCGAAGCCCUUCACCCGUGGCACCCUCAAACCCGCCGCUCACCUUGUUGGAGACCCCAGCACCCAGGACUCGCUGCGCUGGAGGGCAAACACGGACCGCGCCUUCCUCCGCCACGGCUUCUCACUCAGCAACAACUCCCUCCUGGUCCCCACCAGUGGCCUGUACUUCGUCUACUCCCAAGUGGUCUUCUCUGGGAAAGGCUGCUUCCCCAGGGCCACCCCCACUCCUCUCUACCUGGCCCAUGAGGUCCAGCUCUUCUCCCCCCAGUAUCCCUUCCAUGUGCCUCUCCUCAGCGCUCAGAAGUCCGUGUGCCCAGGGCCACAGGGGCCGUGGGUGCGCUCGGUGUACCAGGGGGCUGUAUUCCUGCUCACCCGGGGAGACCAGCUAUCCACUCACACAGACGGCAUCUCCCACCUGCUCCUCAGCCCCAGUAGUGUCUUCUUUGGAGCCUUCGCUCUGUAGAAACAUCCAGAAAGAAACAAAUAGGCUUCAAGGCCUUCUCCCCAUUUUGCCUCCAUUCUGACCACUUCAGGGGUCACCGCACCUCUCCUUUGACCAUUCCAACAGUCUUGAGUCUUCUCCCCGCCCGGAUCUCAGCACCUGGAGCUUCCAAAGAAGGAAUUCUAGGCACACCAGGGGACCAGACCUCCCUGGACCACCCCAGAUGCUCAGCCGAGGACUCCAAGCCUGCCUCGAAAUGCCCACCCAGAUCCCUUCCUUGGCCCUGCCCAUCUAGGGGGCCUCGUCCUGGACAUGGAGAGGGGAGCUGACACAUGAGGGAGCUUGGGUAGAUGACUAAAGGCAGGGAGGGGGGGGGCUUAUUUAUGAAGGGAAAACAAUUAAAUUAUUUAUUUAUGGAGCAUGGAGAGAAGGGAAUAAUAGCGAGACAUCAGAAGAAAGAGCUAAUACACCCAAGAGAUGACAAGUGAGAGGGCGUGGGCACAAGGAUGACCCAGUGGGAGAGAGAAAGCAUGGCUCUGAGGGAACAAGGGGUUCUGGAAGGAAGUGAAAAGCUCUUAAGAGCCAGCUGCUGCUUACUGGACACCCCAAAGGGAGAUGUCUGACCCUCAAUGAAGCCAAAUAAACUUUUUUCUGAAAU